AUGGCCAUCCAAUCCACCUUGCCCUCGAUGGCCUCGACGCCGGCGAUCUGGCCGCGGGUGCCCAAGCGCUGCGCCAGCUUGACCACCGAGAAGCGGAUCAUGCGCGGGUCGAGCUUGAGGGAGCGGCGUCGGCGGCGACGCGUCGAAGCGCAUCAGGAAGUAGUGCCCGCGGUGGUGGUUGGUUUGAUGCGCUUUGGUGGGGCGGGGCAGGAGGAAGGGCCCCCAGUUAUUGAGACCCCGGAUCACGCCCGAGGACCGCAGGAUUAUCGAGCCGGCGUUGCGGGCGAUUCUGGGGGGAGAGAAGGGGAUGGUUAG